GAACAGUGCCUCUCACGCAUGGAACAAGACCAUAUUGAUGCCACAGUCAUCGACUUUAUGGAUGAUGACGCUCUGGCUGGCUACAUCCCAACAUAUGGAGAUCGGAUAGCAGCAAGACGCUUCUGUUUGGAAAACAAAGGUGCAAAUAAAAAAGCAAAAACAUCAAAAAAAACAAUCACUGCUUGAAAAACUAAAGAAAAAGAUGGGCAUUGAUGAGAAUGAUGAUAAGAAAUCUGAUAAUGAGGAGACUUCUGCAGCAAAGUGUAAAAGAAUUUAUGCAAAAAAGAACAAAUGGGCUGAAAAAAAGACCAGAAGAGUUGAGUUGGGGUGGAUUCAUGAAGGCAAACAAGUAAGAAAACGCAGAGGAGGGGGAACAAGGGUACUUGAUCUACCCAAAGAAUCAAGAAAAGCUGACAUAUUACAGUAUGCUAAAGACCUUUUCUUCCCAAAUGGAAAAAAUAAAUUUGGAAGAUUUGAGACAUUCAGUCAUGACAUAUUAGACUAUCAGGAGGAAGCUGUACUUGAUGAAGAUAUCACAAUUGGGGACCUGUACACAGUAUUAAAAAUGGGAAUGUUAAGAUUUUACCUGUGCACUAAGAGCCUGACAGAUGAGGAUGAUGAAGAACAUGAUGAGGAAAAAUCAGAUGAGAACAAUGAUGUACAACUGGGAGACACACGUGAAGAAGAUGAGCAUCUCACUCAAACAGUUGUCAUCCUGUCACCAGAUUUGAAGGAGGUUGAUGCAGAUGCAUUUUCAGACACCGAGGUGGUGUUUGGUCCCUUCCUUGGAGAUCCCACGGAUAGUCAAUUGGAUGACACAUUGUUACAUGAACCCAGUCAGCAGUUUGAAGAUGAUGAGACAGCCGUUAUAUCCAUCACACUUCCCCCAACAAGCACAGUAGGCAAUCCUCCAGACACAGGAUCUGUAGGUGACACAGCAAGCACCUCUGCAGCAUCAUAUGAAGUUGUCUCUAUCACAAUAAAACUUCAUAGGGUCAAUCUUCUGGAGGAGAUGAUUAGCCAGUUCAAAGAUUCAACACUCCUCAAACACCCCCUGAAAUACACCUACAUUGAUGAAAAAGGAGCUGACGCAGACGGUGUCUCAAGAGAUGUGUAUGCUGCAUUUUGGACGGAGUUCAUGGACCAAACAGCUGAAGGGGAGGACCUAAGGGUUCCAUCACUGUCUCCUAAAUGGCAGGAAGAAGAAUGGAAAUCCAUUGGCCGGAUUCUACUGAAAGGAUUUCAAGACCAUGGAUACUAUCCCUGUCGCCUUGCCCCUGUUUUCACAGUGGCACUUAUUUUUGGUGAGAAUGAAGUCUCAGAUGAUAUGCUGUUUGAGAGUCUGCUCCUGUACAUAAGUCAGUCAGAUAGGGAUCUGAUAACCACUGCCUUAAAAGAAGAUCUUGUAGAUGAGGACAGGGAUGAACUACUUGAUCUUAUGGAUCGCUUGGAUAUGGACUGGCACGACGACCAGUAG